CCGGGGUCCUCAGGCGCAGGCAGUGCAGAAGUGGAGCUCACUGCAGCAUCACUGAACCAGAGCGGAGACAGCGGGCUGCGCGUGCGCGUUUCCAUGCGCGUCACCGUGCGCGUCCUCGAGCAGCGCGCGCGGCUGAGGGAAACAGAGCGCGUGCGGUGCGGGAGUGCGCUCGGGUACGGCUCCAGUCCAGCAUCCAGAGCAAAAACAAAAUAAAUAUAUCAACAUAAAUAUAUUCAUGGACGUGAACUAGGGAGCGGGAUUAGUUUCUUUUUCCCGCCUUUAAAAAAAUAAUAAUUCCUUACUUUUUAUUUAUUUGUUUUGGAUUUGCUGAACGCAGUCUUCUAAAAUGGCUGAGAUAGCGAGUCUGAGCCCUGCCUACGAGGUGUCCCCAGUCUUGGCGGGAUUUCUUGGUGCGGGAGUUCUGGUCGUCACGGUGACGGUGGCCGUCUUCCUAUGGACUUUCUGCCAGCGUCAGUAUCGCAGAAUGACGUUUAAGUUGAGCAACGGCCCGUUCGACUCGCCCACCGACCCGCCGUUAAAGUUCAUCCACAUGCUCAAGGGCAUCAGUAUCUACCCCGAGACCCUCAGCAACGCCAACAAGAUUAUACGAGUGGGCCGGAGGUCAUCAGCAUGGCAACGGAACCACGACUCUGACGUUGAGGGUCACGCGCAUUUGCAGAUGAACCACCUGGUACCGCCGAAACUGGAGCGAGCGCUGCCAAUCCGGGCCAAUUACUGCUGUUCUGAGAGCAGCGGCUGCGAAUCGGCCAGUAAGACCCCGACUCCUUUCAGCCUCGACUCGCCCUCGUUGGGCACCCUAGAUCUCGCCAUUGACUACAACUUCCCCAAAAAGGCGCUGGUGGUGACGAUCGUAGGUGCACGAGGUCUCCCGGCCAUCAACGAGCAGACGGGCAGCUCGGACCCGUAUGUGAAGAUGAGCAUCUUGCCCGAGAAGAAGCACCACGUAAAGACCCGCGUGAUGAGGAACACGCUGGAGCCGUCGUUCGAUGAGACGUUCACCUUCUAUGGCGUUUCCUUCAGCGCACUGGCUGACCUUACACUGCACUUCCUGGUGCUGAGCUUCGACCGUUUUGCCCGCGAUGACGUAAUCGGAGAGGCGCUGGUGUCGCUGUCGGGGGUCGAGCUUAGCGCAGGCAAAGUGCACAUCAGCCAGCAGAUCACCAAGAGGAAUGUACAGUGCGGGAGACGUGGUGAGCUGCUGGUGUCUCUGUCCUACCAUCCUGCAACACACAGACUGAACGUGGUGGUGCUCAAAGCCAAACAUCUUCCCACCAUGGACAUCACCAGCCUGCCCGGCAACCCGUACGUGAAGGUGAACGUGUUCUACGGCCGCAGACGCAUCGCCAAGAAGAAGACGCACGUGAAGAAGUGCACGCUGGAGCCCGUCUUUAACGAGUCGUUCGUGUACGACGUUCCCGCCGAGCUCAUGGCCGACGUCUCCAUCGAGUUCCUGCUCAUCGACUUCGACCGCACCGCCAAGAACACCGUCGUGGGCCGUCUGGUGCUGGGGGGGCAGAGCCCGACGCCGUCCGGCGUCACACACUGGAGGGAAGUGUGCGACAACCCGCGGCGGCAGAUCGCCAAGUGGCACAACCUGUCCGAGUUCUAACGCUCUACAUCACUUCCCCUUCGUCCCUUAACGAUAAAGAUAGCAACCCGUCUGUUACCCUUCUCUCAUGUAGGUGUAUCCUAGCCUGAAUACACGUGUGUGUGUGUGUGUGUGUGUGUGUGUGUGUGUGUGUGUGGCUGUCGAGAAGCAGCCUAAAGACCGUAAUUGGGCCCUGCAGUAACCCAAGGCACGAUUUUACUUGAACAGCGCCUGCGUUUCAUUCGGACCGAGGCUGCCUACGUAGGCUCCGUUUCCCUGCACCGCUUGUGCUCCUGUUUUGGAAGACGGACUCGAGGACCGCCGUCUACCUGUCAAAGGUCCCUUAUUUUGGACAGCUGAAGAAAAACAUCACAGACUUAAUUCCGAUCUGUGUCUCCGAUCUCAUCUAGCACCACAACCUGUGAUAAAACGUCAGCUCGUUAUUAUCACGAAUCAUCUCCAUGAUCCAAACGUGUAACGUUAGCACACGCCUGCUUUCAGAAGAGUCGCAAAGGACGUCCACUGAUCGAAUGAACUUGGCUUCGCAAAACAAAAACAAACGAUGUUCAGCAAAUAUUCCUCUGUGCGGAUUGCGUCCUCUGGCUGAUGAAGCAGAAGAAGACGCUACGCCCUUCAGCAGCGCUUCGGAUCCAUCCAGACGGGGAUGUCGAGGCAGAAAGUCUCCGAAACGUCCGACGAUGGGGCGUGAAAUCCUGAACGUUGCUUAGAAUGAAUGCUUAUGAGUUGUGUAACGUGCACACGUCAGUUCGCGAGUCACGUGGCGUUUGUGUUUACGUUAAAUUACGCUAAUAAGAAAGAUCAGCCUGACGUAAUUAAAUCACGGACAUCGUGAUCACGGACAUCGCCAACGCUCGUUAUUAUUUAUGAAGAUUUGUUCGUUUCUUCGCAUCGAGUCCUGAUGGGAAUUUUGCUUAAAGUGCACCUAUUACGGUUUUUCAAAUAUUCCCGUUCAUGUAGUGUGUUAUAUACGGAGCGGUUUGUGAAUGUAAAAACGUCUGCAAAGUUUCAAAGAUCAAAGCGCACGACAAACGGGGUUAUCGACUCCCAAAAGAAGGAAUCGAUUCUGAACAGCUGAAUCGACUCGUUAGUGAUUCCGGACUUUACUUCCUGUACAAACCUACGUAGGUUCGUAACAAAAAGCCCCGCCUCUGGUCUUCAUCGGCUGCUCGCUGACAGCGGUAGACCAAUCACGACAGACUGGGUCGUCUGACCAAUCAGAGCAGAGUAUGCUCUCUGAAAGGAGGAGUUUAGAACGAAUCCUUUAGAACGAAUCAUUUAACGAGUCGUUUGUGACACUGGGGGAAAAAGGUAACGCUGCAGUUUAAAUCAUGAGCACGUUAAAGCGUUUUUUGACCUCGGAUGCACCUAAAUCUAUCGUAUGAGUGCUUUAAAACUUAAUUAGGUACGUUUCAAAUCCAUAACAGGUGCGCUUUAAAUAAUUACUCAGAGACAUCAUGACAACUUCAGACAAAAAAAAAAAUCACACAAAAAAGCAACGGAGAAGUUUGAACGAUGGUACAUGGAUGAUUAAGAUCCAUAAUAACGAGUGCUAAAGUGGGUGUGUUUUUGGGAGGAACAACAGUUGUGUGAAUUACGCCAGGCGGAACACAGAAGCAGGAAACAGUAUGCGAAUCCCGAUUUUCACUGCUGUGCGCCGUUUGUCCUCGAUCGUCACGACGAAUGCAGAUACGGAACUUAGCGCAUCGAGGACAACGUUCUUUAAAGUAAGAUAUUAGCACAAAGUAAAAGAGUGCGUGUGCCGUUCGUGACGCGAAACGGUACGUCCGACCGAAAACCUUGGCGUCGCGGCCCGAACGCCAUCUUUUUUUUAUUUUUUUUUUUUUUAGAAAGAUAUGAUCGUUCAGAUAUUAUAAUGAGGCAUCAUCUUGAAAAACUUUCUCCUAAAAU